GUGUAUUUGUUACUUGAUGGCUUCAAUAACUCAGUCAUGAAGCCACUAGAAAUCAUAUUUAUACUUAUAACUACUGCUGGAAUUUUAAGUAUCCACGCUCAAGAAGGAUCUCCAGCACCAGAUCAAGCUUCCGAUACUUUCUCAACUGAUUCAGCACAAUCCGAUGGUUCAAUAUCAGAUCAACCUCAAGAAGAGCCCUCAACAAUUCCUCCUGCACCAUCUAGACCUAUUAAUUUAUUCAUUAUCAACGAAGCUUUGAAUGAACAAGCUGAAAAAAGUGUAUCUAAUGCAAUAAAGGAAAUAAAAGGAAAAAAUCCUGAUUGGAUUGGCAAAGUUAUCUCCAUCGCUAUUUCUUCUUCGGAUUCUAAUGAAAUUUUAGCUGAAAUUUGUGGUGUAUGGGACCAAGCUGUUCGCGCUGGAGGUCCUGAUGUUCCAGACUUGGUAUUAGAUACAACGUUGAGUGGAACCGUAGGUGAAGUAGUAACUGCUUUUACUAAAGCUGUUGGAAUACCAACUUUAUCAGCUCAAUUCGGUGAAAGAGAUGAUCUAAGAAACUGGCGAGAUUUGUCUCCUGAGGCUAUGAAAUAUUUAAUUCAAAUAAGGCCUCCAGCAGAUAUGAUACCUGAUGCUGUUCGACAUAUGUCUUCUGAUAUGAACAUCAGUAAUGCUGCUAUUAUUUUUGAUCAACAUUUUGUUAUGGACCACAAGUAUAAAUCUCUAUUGUUAAAUGUUCCUACGAGACACGUCAUAGUGAAAGCCAAAGAAUAUGGACCACCUAUGACAGAUCAAAUGAAGCAAUUAAGAAACUUGGACAUAGUGAAUUUUUUCAUUCUUGGAGGAGAAAAAACAAUUGCUGAUGAACUUGCAACUGCUAACCAGUUAGGUUUUACAGGACCAAAAUACGGCUGGUACGCAUUAACCUUGGACCAUGAAUUUACGCCUCAAUGUAAUUGUGAAAACUUGACAGUGUUAUUUUUUAAAUCGCAAGCUACAGUACAAAAUCAACAACAACUUGGAGAGCUUACAGCUCGAGGAUUACUAUCACUACCGGUACUUACGUCAGCUUUUUAUUAUGAUUUAGUUCGUGUUGGUGUCGAAGCUAUGAGAUUGGCUGUCAUAGAUAACAUGUGGCCUUCCGAACCUCCUCAUAUUGUUUGUGAUGAAUAUAGUGGAUCAAAUACUCCAUCUAGAAAAAUCAACUUUCUUUCCAAAUUAAAAGAAGUUACAUCUAAAUCUACAUUUGUACCAACCUUCGCUGGAUUCCAUUGGGAUUCCGAGAAUGGUAAUCAUCAUGCUCAAUUCAAUAUGGAUAUUCGUUUGACUACGAUUAACAAUGGUAAUCCAGACUCGACAUUGAAUGUAGGAACAUGGCCUGUUGGAAUAGGUUCAAAAUUACAAAUUGUGCCGGAAUAUUUUAAGACGGUUAGUUCUCAUACAGCUGUGACAAGUUUUCGAGUGGUUACAGUCCAAGUAGCACCUUUUGUAGAAUACAAUAAUGAGACGGGUCAAUGGUUUGGUUAUUGCAUCGAUUUGCUUGAGGAAAUUCGUGAAAUCAUCGGCUUUGAAUAUGAAAUUUACGAACCAGAUGAUGGAGAGUUUGGAACUUACAAUGAGUCGAGUAAUACAUGGAGUGGAAUAAUAGGAGAAUUAAUAGCAAAACGUGCCGAUAUUGCAGUAGGAACAUUAUCUGUUAUGGCAGAAAGAGAAAACGUUGUAGAUUUUACAGUACCUUAUUACGAUUUAGUUGGUCUAUCAAUUUUGAUGUUAAAACCAAAAGCGCCCACUUCAUUAUUCAAAUUUUUAACUGUUUUAGAAGACGAUGUAUGGUUGUGUAUUUUAGCUUCAUAUUUCUUCACAAGUUUCUUGAUGUGGAUUUUCGACAGGUGGUCUCCAUAUAGCUACCAAAAUAAUAAAGAAAAAUACAAAGAUGAUGAUGAAAAGCGAAAUUUUGAUUUAAAAGAGUGUCUUUGGUUUUGUAUGACGUCUUUAACUCCACAGGGUGGUGGUGAAGCUCCGAAAAAUCUCUCGGGAAGAUUAGUAGCUGCGACUUGGUGGUUAUUUGGAUUUAUCAUCAUCGCAUCUUAUACUGCUAAUCUUGCUGCUUUUCUCACCGUGUCACGAUUGGAAACUCCCGUAGAGUCACUUGACGAUCUUAGCAAACAAUACAAAAUUCAAUAUGCUCCAAUGAAACCUUCUGAAGCAUACACAUACUUUCAACGUAUGUCAGACAUUGAAAGACGUUUUUACGAGAUUUGGAAGGACAUGAGUUUAAAUGAUAGCUUGUCUGAUGUAGAAAGAGCAAAACUUGCUGUUUGGGAUUAUCCUGUGAGUGACAGAUAUACUAAAAUGUUUCAAGCAAUGGAUGAAGCUGGUUUCCCGCGUUCAAAAGAGAUUGCAAUAUCAAGAGUUCGACGUCUACAACCAGACAAAUCGGAAUCUGAAUUUGCCUUUAUUGGUGAUGCUACUGAAAUAAGAUAUCUUGCUAUGACUACUUGUGAUUUGAUAAUGGUAGGAGAUGAAUUCUCAAGAAAGCCCUAUGCUUUAGCCGUUCAACAAGGCUCUCCUUUAAAAGAUCAACUUAACAACGCGAUUCUAAGGCUUCUUAAUCAGAGAAAACUUGAAAAACUUAAAAAUAAGUGGUGGAAUAAGAAUCCGAAUAAGAAAGAGUGCGAGAAGGAAGACGACCAAAGCGACGGAAUCAGCAUACAAAAUAUCGGAGGGGUUUUCAUUGUUAUUUUUGUGGGAAUAAUCUUAGCUUGUAUGACUCUUGCAUUCGAAUAUUGGUACUAUCGGUACAGACCUCAGAUGCAAGAGAAGAAACGUCAGCAAAUGACCAAAGGAUCCUCACAGGAAGUAAAACCCAUUAAAUUUACUUUAAAACCUCGUGCAGCAUUUCAAACUAAUUCUGAAUUUCGUUCACGAUUUUAAAAGGAUUAUUUUCAAUAGAAAUUAUUUUCAUAAGAGCUUUUACAAAUUUAAAAAUACACAGUAUCUUUCAAGUUUCAAAAAUUAUAUAUUUUUUUUUAGAUUAUUAUUCACUCAAUUGAUCGUGUGACGAAUCCAGAGCACGGUUUGUUGACUGCACGAAGUUUUAAUUCUUAAUGAAUUA